AUGAAUUGUGGAAAAGAGUUCCUUUACCACAAUGAAAGAGAUGUAUAUGAAACUUUGGUGAUCAAACUUUCAAGAGACCCAAUGGAAUCAAUGAAACUUCUUGCUUUGUGGCUAUGGUUGAAAGAUGUUGGAUAUGGUAACGUGGUCAACAAAAUACAUUCAUCAUCAUAUUCAAUUAUCAAUGAAUUUGCAGAUGAAGGUGUUACUUGCCUUAAUUGUAUCAACACAAGUAUGAUACAUUCAUCAAUUGAAUUUAAUGAAGAUGAUAUUCCUCGAAUGUGUUACCUUAUAGAUAAAGAAUUCUCUCUCAAGAUGUUAUAUGAAAAUAGGGCUUUUGCUAAAGAAGGGGUGAAUAUGAUGUUAAAGAAUGUGUGCAUGGUGGCAUUAGGAGAUAUCAUGGAACAAGUUAAUAUGAAGAUUAUUGGCGAUGAGAAUGUCAAUCAAAUUUCUACUCAAGUUUGA